AUGUACAAGUCCCAAAUCACCUUUACCCUAGACACCAUAUGUCCCUGGACAUACAUCGCAAAGAAAAGAUUAGGAAAGGCCCUUGAGCAAGUCGCCGCCUCCCCUGACGCCGAAAAGGUCUCCUUCACCUUCGUCUUUCGCCCUUAUCAGCUCAACCCGGAGUUCCCAUCCGAACCUCAGGACAAGCGUCACUGGUUCAAGACAGAAAAGCAUGACGCCUCCGAUGUAAAGCAAUCAGUAUAUGAGGCAACCAUGUCAGAGCUUGGCGCCGCUGUAGGCAUUGACUUCUCUUGGGGCGGGACUUUCUCAAACACUUUCAACGCCCAUCGUGUUAUCCAACACUUUCAAGAAUCCAAGGGAAGCGAGACUGCAAACCGAUUGGUCGACGCGUUAUACAGUCGCUACUUUGAGCGCGAGCAGAACCAAGGCGCGAAGGAUGUGUUGGUAGAAGCCUGCGUUGAGGCGGACAUCAGCGAGGCCGAAGCCAGAGAAAUUGUCGAGGACGAGACCGAGGGCAAAAUCGACACAAAGAACAUGAUUAGAAUGUCAGCUAUAGAUGGCGUCGAUGCGGUGCCACACGUGGUCAUAGAAGGAAGACGGAGGGAUCUGACACUUAUUGGGGCGAAGGAAGUCGAGGAAUACGUCAAGGCUUUAAACACUAUUAUCAAGGAAAGCAAAUAG